AUGGCACUUACCAAGCACGUUGACACCACCGGACCUCUUCGGAUCCUCUUCAACAAAUGCGCUGCCCCUAUCGUGUUAUUUCUCGCCAUCUACUACGCGGUAUGGCAGAUGAGCAUCACAGCCAUGUCAAGUCUCUUCAAGUCACGCUACGGCCUAUCAGAAACCCAUAUUGGCCUGACGUUCAUCGCAAACGGCGUGGGCUCCAUGAUCGGCACGCUGGUCACGGGCAAGCUUCUUGACCUUGACUAUCAGCGUGUCAAGGCAAAGCAUGACGCGAACAACGACCAAGAGAGCAACACCCUUACGAUCUCGGACGCCAACCAAGAAUUUCCUAUCGAAAAGGCACGACUUCGUCUCAUACCAAUCUUUGCGCUUCUCCAAUGCGUCUCCAUUGCAAUCUUUGGCUGGACCAUCAACUUCCCUCGCCAGGUACACAUCGCAGUGCCCAUCAUAUCGACCUUUAUCACGGGCUGGACCGCCGUUUCGAUACAGUCUCUGGUCAUGACGUACCUCAUCGACAUCUUCCCCGACCGCAGCGCUGCGGCUAGCGCUAGCGUCAACCUCGCUAGGUGUCUUUUCGCCGCUGGUGGCACGAGUUUUGUGAUGCCUAUGCUGAGCGGGAUCGGUGUGGGAUGGGCUUUUACUGUGUGUGUUGUGGCUCAGCUGAUCGCACUUAUAGGUGCCGGGGUGCAGUUGAGGUUUGCCGCGCGGUGGAGGGGGGAGAUGGGCAAUAGCUGA